AUGAAAAUUGUACCCUUCGUUACAGCCGUCUGCGCCCUCGUGGCAAGCGUUGACGCCUCUAACUAUUAUACCGUCUUCACAAGCAUAUCCAGUGGACUCAACGUCACACUCAACGGUACCACAAACGGCAUCGAGUUCGGUCCAGGCAGUCCCUGUCGCUAUUGGACCCGUUAUGAAGUGGCUCCUGAGAUCAACGACUGGACCUACUACAGUAUCCGUGCCAGGCGCGGACAAGUAUACUUCCGAUAUCCCGAAUACCGGCCUCGAGCAAUCGCACAAGCUGCCUCGAAGCCAUCCUUAUUCCGAAUUGAGGUUGACAGAGAAGGAUCCUAUGUCGUUGCCCUAGAGUCUGAAACUGGCGAAAAACUUGCUUGGACUGCCGAGAGAAACACGACCGCUCCCAACCGGAAUAUGGUCGUUAGUUUGCAGCCGUAUAAACGCAGCAGGGCCCAACGCUUCAAAAUUGCCGAGGAGUAUGUUGACCCAGACGAUUGCUAG